UUUAUUUUUUUUUUUUAAUUCUUAAGCUCAAUUGUAAAAAGCUAGAAUGGAAUUACUUAAACAAAAAAUUAAAGAAAAGGGUGAACAAGUUCGAGCUUUGAAAGCACAAAAAGCUGAUCAGAGUUUGGUGGAUGCAGAAGUUGCUGCUAUAGUAGAACUUAAAAAACAGUUGAAUGGUAUUACUGGAGAAGACAACAAGAAUAAAAAUAAAAUCUUACUAAAAGUACCAAAGGGAACACGGGACUACAAUGAAAUUGAAAUGGCUAUACGUGAAAAAGUCUUUUCGACCAUCAUAUCUGUCUUUAAGAGACACGGUGCCGUUACUAUAGAUACUCCAGUAUUUGAACUGAGAGAAAUUCUUACUGGAAAAUAUGGCGAAGAGAGCAAAUUGAUUUAUAAUCUUGAAGAUCAAGGCGGCGAGUUAUGUUCAUUGCGGUAUGAUUUAACGGUGCCAUUUGCAAGAUUUUUGGCUAUGAAUGGAACACAAAGUAUCAAGCGAUAUCAGAUUGCAAAAGUUUACCGAAGGGAUCAACCAGCCAUGACUAAAGGGCGGAUGCGAGAAUUUUAUCAAUGCGAUUUUGAUAUUGCUGGAAAUUUUGACCCUAUGAUACCUGAUUCCGAGGUUAUCAAAAUUAUGAUUGAAUGUUUGACAGAACUUGAUAUUGGAAAAUUUACUAUAAAGGUUAAUCACCGCAAAAUUUUGGACGGAAUCUUUGAGAUUUGCGGUGUUCCAGAGGAAAAAAUCAGGCCUAUAUCUUCGGCUGUAGACAAAUUAGACAAGUCACCUUGGAAAGAUGUCAGAGAUGAAAUGACAAAUGAAAAAGGUUUAGAUCCUAUUGUUGCUGAUCGUAUAGGGGAAUAUGUUAAAUUAAAAGGUGGUAAAGAUCUAUUGGAAAAGUUAUACCAAGACCAGAAAUUAUGUGCCAAUAAAAAUGCUAAAGGAGGAUUAGAGGAUUUGUUUCUUCUUUUUAAAUAUUUAGAAGUUUUCGAAGUUUUAGAUAUGAUUUCAUUUGAUCUUAGUCUUGCAAGAGGCCUAGAUUAUUAUACCGGAAUUAUUUAUGAAGCUAUCACUGAGCACUCUGGUCCUCCGACGCUUGAAGAUGGUACAAAAGUUGCGAGAAAAUUAAAAAAAGAUUCGGAUGAGUUUGACGAAACAACUAUUGGUGUAGGAUCAAUCGCAGCAGGAGGCCGUUAUGAUAAACUUGUUGGUACGCUUGUAGGUAGAACAAACAGCGAUAUACCAUGUGUUGGAGUUUCUAUCGGCGUGGAGCGAGUAUUUUCUAUUUUGCUGCAAAAAUAUAAACCUGAACAAGUUAAAGCAAAUGAAGUGGAAGUUUAUGUUAUAGCGGUGGGUGAUGGGUUGAUGGAAGAUCGCAUGAAAGUAUGUGCAGAGUUAUGGAAUGCCGGUAUUAAGGCUGAAUUUAUGUACAAGGCCAAACCAAAAUUGCAACCUCAAUUUUCGACGUGUGACCGAUAUCAAAUUCCAUUCGCUGUUAUUAUUGGAAAGGAUGAAUUAGAUAUUGGCCAAGUUAGAAUUAAAGAUAUGAGAUCCAAAGAGCAAGGCGGAGGCGGAGGCUCUUCUGUGAAAAGAAGUGAUAUGAUAACGGAAUUAAAAUUGAGAUUAGGAAAAGUAUAAAUGUAUCAUGAAAAGGGUUCAUUAUAAAGUUGAAUUUAUUAUUGUAAUUAUUUAUUAUACGUGGCUUUAAAAUUAUACAUUGUUUUUUUUUGUAAAUCUAAAAAUAAUGAGUAAUACAAGAAAAAAUUUAUUUAUAAUAUAAUAUCAAAAUAGUUCUUCAUUUUAUAAUUUAUAAUGUUUUCAAAAG